AUGGCUCCAGACAAGCAUUUGAAAUCUACUACAAAUGAAACCUCCGAGCUAUAUGGAUGUAGAAUCCCAGCUGUCAUUCUAGGAGUUCUUGCAUGUGUGGGCCUUGAACACAUUUUCAAACCAGAGACUAAAGAAAUCAGUUGUUCUAUGAUCUGGGAUGGUUGUACUUCAGAGGAUGGCAAGAAAGAUUCUAGUAAUCAUCGUGGUUCUCAUCACUAUAUGCUAUUGCCAGACAAAGGGACUGAACAGAAGGAUACGACAGCAUCUUCAGAGCGAAAUAUAGCAUCAGAUGAGAUGCAUCCUAGUGACACUACAACUGACAACAACAAGCUUAAAUUUGUGAACAAGGAAAAUGCUGGCCAGCCUGUAAAGGAUCUGAUCCGAGAACCAAGAAGCUCCAGAAAGGGAUUGCAAUUAACUGAUGCAUCGUCUUGCAUCCCACAGAGUUCUAUUGGCAGAUCAACAAGGAAAAGUGUUUCAGAAACAUGCAAGUUCUUCUUUCCUGUUGCAAACAAGAUUGGCUUGGCUUCUGCAAGUUGUGAAGAUAAAUCCAGUGUGAUCAGCAGUGGAGCCAUUGUGUCCUUAAGUUCUAUUGAUCAAAGUAAGGGAAUGGAUUACCAGUCAAUCUCUGAUGAUACAAAGCUCUAUCCUCUCUGCUGCUCUGAUGACAAAGACGCCCUGCCCCUUGAACUUUGUUUGCCUGAUGAGGACAGCUUGAUUACAGUGGAUGAUUUCAGGAUUGUGACCUACAAGGAUAUGCUUGAAAAAAACCAGGUCAAAAGUAACAAGGUAACCCCAAGUGCACCAGUUGAUAGUUCUGAGAAGCCGAUGGACAUGAAAACUCGAAUCAAAGAUGAUAAACCUACUCCGGCCUACAAAAGUGCAGCACCAAUUUAUCAGUUGAAGGCACCUUACUCUGCUCCACCAGAACUUAUAAAUUCUCAAGUGAAAGCCAUUAAUCCAAAGUUCAAGCCUAUGAAUUCAUCCAACCAAGCUUUCUCUACAAAUGUGCUUCCCACCACUUACCAUCGGUCCCAAGCCAAACCAUAUCAGCAAACAGUUUCAACUACUUACAUGCAGGAGCUGUACCAUGUCCAAGCUUUUCCCUGGAGCUACCAGAUGUCAAGUUAUGGAUGUGUGCCACUGCCUGUGGCGCCAACUCCAGGGGUUUAUGGGGGGACUAAUCAAUAUAGAACUCAGAACAAUGCAGGGACAAGCUAUUACCUUGGUUGGCAAGAGUUGUGAAAUGGUAUUAACAACAGGGUUAGAUUGACUCUUCCAGUCAUUACAAAAUGCUAUUAUAGAUAUGAUCAGCUCUCAGAAGAAAUGUAAUAUUGUUCUAGCCUCCUAUGGCCUAAGUAGUAGGACAAAG